GGUCAGUCGUGAGGUGACAGUGUUGCAACUAUAAUGGAUUAUGAGCCAUCCGAAAAGAUCAUUGAUCGAAAAAAGUGGGGCCACUUCUCUACUGUUUGGCUGUGCUGGGACUUGCAGGCAAUGAGAUAUGUGGCAAUUAAAAUUCUCAAGUCGGCACCGCACUUUGCCGAGACGGACGAGAUAAAUAUACUCAAAACGGUGCGCGAGACCGAUCCAUCGAAUCCACGCCGUCGCAAAACCGUCCAGAUGCUGGACGACUUCAAGAUCACCGGCGUUAAUGGCACCCAUAUUUGUAUUGUGUUCGAGGUGCUUGGUGACAAUCUCCUAAAACUCAUACAGAAGUCCAACUUACGCGGUAUUCCACUGGCCAACGUCAAAGCUAUUACCCGCCAGGUGCUGGAGGGUCUUGACUAUCUUCACACGUGCUGCCAGAUCAUCCACACGGACAUAAAGCCCGAGAAUGUCCUCCUGUGCGUGGACGAGCCUCAUGUGCGCUCACGCUCCGUGGAGAAUACAUCUUCGGCUACGAAUGGACCGCAUUCGAAUCCAACGUUGCCAACACCGCCGCAAGCAAAGCACAAGGCUAUACAGGAUCCGGCGUUAGAGGAAUGCAAAGUCAACGUAAAGAUCGCCGAUCUGGGCAACGCUUGUUGGGUUGAUCAUCACUUGACCGAGGCCAUUCAAACGCGCCAAUAUCGGUCACUAGAAGUUAUUAUCGGUGCGGGCUAUAACACCUCGGCGGAUAUCUGGAGCACUGCAUGCAUGGUAUUCGAACUGGCCACCGGUGACUACCUUUUUGAGCCACACUCCGGCGAAUCGUAUACCCGCAACGAGGACCAUUUGGCCCACAUCAUCGAGCUGCUGGGUCCAAUACCGCGGAACAUUUUGUUAAACGGCACCUAUGCGGCGAAGUCGUUUACCCGUUCCUGCGAGCUACGAAAUAUAUCGGGCCUUAAGCCCUGGGGCCUAAUGGACGUUCUUCUGGAGAAGUACGAGUGGUCGCAAAAGGAUGCGGCGUCAUUCGCUUCGUUCCUUAAGCCCAUGCUCGAGCUCGAUCCGAACAAGCGUGCCACCGCUGCGGAGUGUCUGCAGCAUCCGUGGUUUAGAUAA